AUAAAACAUCAGGCACCACCACCGCCUCUACGAUGCUCGCGCAAUACUGCAAUCACCAUCACCGCGAGCUGACGAUAUAAGGAGCAGACACGUGAACCACACCACUCACAGAACAACGAUAUGCCUGGGUUACGCGAACAAGCGGCCUUCCGCAGGCCGGACACACUGAGUCCUACCCAGCGAGAGCAGCUGCUGGCGCCGUAUCUGCCACGGGAGCCCAUUGCAUCACGCACCAAAGUCCCGCAGGAUGCCUCGUACAGCAACAGCAACAACCAUGGACUGCGUUUCCAUCACCGACAGCGCGUGCGGCCUGCGAUGCGCCAUCUAUUGCACCUCUUCCUGUUCACUGCCGUCCACGUCGUCUUCAGCAUCUAUGUACGGCUGCGUCAGAUCUACCACGCCCUCUACGACCGCGUGAGCGCCGUACUGUACUACCACCAUCGCACGCCGGAGCUCAUCACGCGAGAUGUGAAGCCGCUGACCAGAGUGCCGAAGCACCUGAGUGUCAUCCUGCAUCUGCCACCAGAGGGCGGAAAGAAGGAUGCGUUGGAGACGCUUCUGAAUGAUGCGUGUGAGCUGGUCGCAUGGAGUGCCAGCGCAGGCAUACCAACGCUGUCCAUCUAUGAGAAAACGGGCAUCCUCAAGUCCUCUCUCCCCCACCUCCACCGCCGCAUUACUCGGACCUUGACAUCCUACUAUGGCACUUCUUCCCCUCAGAAGCCUACCAUGUCUCUCCGAUCUCCCAAUCUCCCGUCCUACAGCCCUCCUCACUCGCCUGAGCUAGACACGAUGUCUACGACCUCGCCCUCUCCCUUGCCACCCCACAUCAAUGUUCUCCUCUUGGACUCUACCGAUGGUCGACAAACCAUUGUGGACCUGACCAAGACCCUGACCGAAAUGUCUCAAUCGGGAAAGCUCUUGCCAGCAGACGUUAGCCAAGAACUCAUUGAUGCCGAGAUUACAGAAAGUGUCAUGGGCGAGCCGGACCUGCUGAUAGUGUUUGGAGAACGAGUGGUUUUGGAAGGAUAUCCACCAUGGCAGAUUCGACUGACGGAGAUAUUCUAUGCGCAGGACAACGUUGGGGGUGUGGGAUAUCAGAUCUUUCUGAGAGCGUUGUAUAGGUAUGCAAAGGCGGAGUUUCGAUUUGGGAGAUAGAUAUCCAUUCGGAGGCAUAACAAAGGCGAUCUAUUGGGGUAUUGUGCUGCUCAACCUAUAAAGGCCAAUAUAACUCAUGUUCUAGGCGACACGCCUGUUCGUCUAGCGCUACCGUGCGAGUGAGCGCCGUGGCCUUUCAAUGCCGUGCAUAUGCAAUCUCAGUUGCGCAUCCACCUGGCCGUGCUCCUGAAGGAGGCCGACAGGACCUAUUUAAUCUCCGUCUUGCCUAGAGCAUUCGCCAAAUCGUCCACAUCGGCGUCCUGUUUUUGGGAUACUGGCUCAUCCUCUGUAGCAUCCGCCUCUUUGACCACCUUCUCUUCUUCUGCAUCAAGCUCGUCUUCAUCCUGAUCAUCCUCCUCGUCCGAAUCUUCGUCUUCCAAUUCGUCUAGCUCGUCCAGACCCCAUGCGUCUUCGUCGUCUUCAUCGACAUCGUGGUAUUCGUCUGCUUUUUCCUCUUUCCGCUUUGCGAGGACAUCUCUCAGAGACUCAAUCGAUGGAUCCUCCUCGGCGAACUUGUUGCCGUUCAGCUCCACUCUCCUCAAACGUGGCAGAGCAGACGCAGCAGACGCAGCGUCCGAAAUCGCCUUGAGACCUUUGGUGUCAAUCUCAUUAUACUGCAACCUCAAGAUCUCCAACUUCUUGUUGCCGGCUUUAGCAAGCGCAUCUCCCAGCAUUCUUCCUCCUCGACCUGACAGCAGGCAAUCGCCAACGGCCAGUUCUCGAAUCUCGGUCCACGUUGGCACCACAGAAGACAGCGUCUUGGCAGCCAGCGCAGUGAAUGUGUUGUCUUGCAGGUCUAGUGUGUCCAGUGCCGUGCACUGACUCAGACCAUGUUGGAUCAACUGAGCAAUGCCCUCCUGCCGAAUACCAUUCUGGACCAUCUUCACCGUUUUGACAUUGUUGUUGGCCGUGUAUGCUUUGACCCAAGCUGCCAUGGACCCAGUCUCCAACCGAUUGCGCCCACACACGACGGUCUCGAGAUGCGGAACAUCCUUGCCCUCCUUUCGUGCUGCCGCCUUAUUCUCCGCCAGCUGAGCAAGAGCUUCGGCGACGAGGGUUCCUGCUGCUGGUCCGAGGCCGUUGUUGUUGAGGUAGAGGUGCUGCAGAGGCGUGUGCUUGCUGAGGAAUGGACGCAGAGGCUCGACGGUGUUGAGACCAAACGCGUUGUCGUUCAGGUUGAUGGUAUGCAGGUUCGGGCACUGCAGCAGUGCAGUGAGAAGGGCAUCGAGUGCCUGGGGGAUCUCGGACAGGAGACGUCCCGUGAAGAUGUCAGCGAGAUUGGCGCUGCGAAGAUUCUUCUUCGUGGCGAGCACUUCGGCGAGCGCUGCAGAUGCUUCAACACCGAUGGUGUUUCCCUCGAGAUGCACCUCCUCGAUGUCCGCGUUGUCCCGCAGUGGCCCAAUGUGCGUCUCAAUGUCGGCGGCUGUGUUGAGCUUCAACGCCUGUCCUCGAAUGCUCCACACGUUGGCCAUAUUGGGUGAGUG